UUCCAAGUGUGUUGAAGUAUCUCUGAGCAGAACAUGGUGCAGGGAGAAGUUUAUUUCUAUUGCGCUUUCACUGAUUUUCAAUUUAAAAUGUAUUAUACUCAGUCUAGAAGCUUUGCCACGUACUUGUACAACUGUUAUGAAUGAAGUGCAUUGCUGGAAAACAACGACCGGCCAUUUUAUAGAGCGACUGGCAUCUCAGUAACGAAAGAUGGGGAACGGAAACACAAUCUAUUCCAUAUUGGGGAAAAAAAACACGCAAACUACUGCGACCCCGCAAUAAAAAAACAAAACAAAAUGCAUCGGCAUUUUGAAACGUAAGGAGAAAAUUGCGAACUCAAGGCAAAGACGGUGCUGUACGCAGCCAUUUCCCUGAUUGACACGUAAAUGACAGUCAAGCUGGAAUUCACCAGCUCAGUGGAAAACGACCACCUUGUGUAGAUAUUUGAUUGGUUAUUUAAUCUGUCCAUCAAGAUGCAUGACGCGCGGCUUACCGUUUUCAAUUGGUCUGUAUUAUUGUUCGUCAAGUGACGUCUAGCCUUACCGUUGCCGCCAGGCUUCAUCCUAUUUCCUCCGGUCUCGCGAUCUCAGCCCGUACCGUUGACGGCGCCGAAUUUGAAAUUUUGAAUGCAGUUUGGCGCAGUUCGAGGUUGUGAAGGCAGUAGUACGAGAAGGGCCGAAGAAGCUGGUUGUUUGACAGGGGCUGAUUUGGCCGGCUCGUCACUCGGACAUUAUGGACCCGUUCACCGAGAAAUUACUUGAGCGAACUCGGGCUCGGCGAGAGAAUCUGCAGAAGAAGAUGGCUGAGAGGCCCACAGCAGCUGCUCGACAAAUUGUAAAACGAUCCAGGGAACCUUUGUCUGAGGCUAGCAACCAACCAUUGGAAGUUACUGAGGAAGUGAAAGUGUCAACCAAGCCUUCUCCAUCCAAACGACGCUGUUCAGAUAAAAUGGAAACUCCGGUCCCUGGGGCAGAGAUUGAAGAGCUAGGAAAUCCUGUUACACAAUAUCCUCCAAGUCAACCUGUUGCAUUAAUUGGGGUUCAGGAAGAACAAAGUGUGAAUCAGAAUGCAAACCCAGUAUCCUCUGUGAAGAAUCGAAUGCAAGCGUUGGCCGAACAACGACGCCAAUGGGACUGUUACGGUAAUGAUAUUGAUUCACCUGUAUCGCUUGCACACUCGUGGAAACCAGCUACCUCGCCACCUCCACAGACAGUGAGCAUUGUUGAGCCUAAAACUCCAGCUGGAAGGAGAGGACGCUUUGCAAACCUUGCUGCAGCAAUUAGCUCCUGGGACGAUGACUUGAGCCACCCGAAUAGAAAGCAAAACAAACUGCCAGGACAGCCUGGCACUGCUUGUUUACCAGUUGCUUCCACAACAAACAGAGCUGCAACUACUGACGACAGUAGCAGUGUUAAAUUGCAAGAUAUAACCAGUCCUCAAAGACCUGUAGAAAGCACUGUUAAUAAAGCCACCGUUACAGUAUCACAGGAACCCAUUAAUUUGCCCAAAGCAUUCAGUCCAAAGACAACUGAAGAGCCCAAGUCACCAGUACCUGAAAGGACACUUGCCCAGGAAAAAGUCCAGCUUAGUCCAAAGAAAAUUGAAGCCAAAUCGUUAUCAGUGAAAGGGGCAAGUAUUCAGCAUCAGACUGAGUCUAAAGAUCAACAAACCAAAGUGUCAACAACCCAGGUUCAAUCAGGAGACACUAUAACUACUCCAGGUGGUACAGGGAUCAAGUCCUUUCUGGAACGUUUUGGUGAGCGUUGCCAACAACACGUAUCAAACUCUGCUCCAUCCACUCCUGGACAGAGAUCUCUCAAUGUUACACCCAGCACAAAAGCAAUCCAGGAUCGACUUUUUAAACAGCAGGAACCUUCUACAACAGCAAACUUAACUCAGCAACGUAAACAGGAACGUGAAAAAGAACUGGCUAAUAUUCGCAAUCGUUUCCAGAGAGGUAACUUGUGGAGUGCUGAUAAGGAAAAAGAAAAUUGCUUCUCCAAGUUAUCAGAGGAUUGCAGUGAUUCUCUCCCUAGAACCUCUGAGCAAAGGAGCCCAAAAGUUCACAGAUCCCAGAUGAGUGCUGCACAGCACCCACCUCGGUCAACACUGCAACCAAAUCCAAAAUUGCCAGUGAAAUGUGCAUUAGCAGAGGCACUUGAACCAUCAUCUAUAAAAAUAUCUGGCUCUGGCAAAGCAGUUGCUUCUGGUGGACAAAGCUUGGAGGUUUCAAAUAGCCCUGCCAGAUUAAGUCCUUUCAAAAAGGUUACCUUUGUCUCUGAACAACUGAAUGUCACCGAGAAUGCGACAAGGAAUGAAGAAAAGGGUGAUGAUGAAAGAAAUAAUGAUAAAGAUGAAGCGGUAUGUGUAGUUGAGAUGAGUGUUGACAAUGAUGAAGAAAUUAAUAGUUCGGAAGUAAUUAAUGAAUUAUUUGAUGGUGUACUGGAAGAAGAAGAAUACGGAGAUGAGGAAUUGGAUGAAAGAAGGGAGUGCAAAAAGGAAACUGAAAGUGAAAUGGAGGGGAAAAGUGAUGAACUGAACAUAUCCUCAAUGUCGCUACUUGCUCCGUUGGUAGAAACAGUUGAUGCUGUCACAAAUCCAGAGAAAUCUGUUUCUACAAAUAUUACAAUGAGUCCUGCAACACAGGAGAACAUAACUUCAGACAAAAUGAAGAUGGACAAAUUACAACAAGAACACAUAACCAGAGCAGAGUCUUCUGGCAGUGUGGGGUCUUCAACAGGUGCCCAUAGCUUAUUAUACAGUAUUGAUGCCUACAGGUCUCAAAGACUUAAUGCCGAACGCCCUUCAGCAAAACAAGUCAUUGUUCGUAAAGAGGAUGUUUCUCAAAGACUUGAGGAAAAGAAUACUGCAACUCUAAGUUCAGUUUCUGUUAAACAGAGGAUGAAGAAUCUGAAUAAUGAGAUAAAUAUCCAGCAAAGUGUUAUCCACCAGGCAAGUCAGGCUUUAAACUGUUGCACAGAUGAAGAUCACGGGAAAGGAUCUCAGCAAGAGGCUGAGGCUGAAAGGUUGCUGCUGAUUGCCAGUGAAAAGAGGUUGGCACUUCUCACUGAACUGAAUAAACUGAAGAGUGAAGGAGUGCCUUCAAGUAAAAGAGGAGACCAUAUGGAGAAAGCAGCUAGCGAAUAUGCUCCAUCAAGGGGCUGUGUUGCACUUUCAGAAAUCCGCCUUCCUUUGAAGGCUGAUUUCAUCUGCUCAACAGCUCACAAAAUGGAUGCUACCAGCUAUUAUUUCUUUAUACUGAUUAAAGCAGGAGCAUUAAAUAUGGUGGCCACGCCACUGGCCCCCACCCAGAUUGCACUAAGUGGAGACGCUAUUACUUUCCCCACAAAAUUUACACUGCAGGAUGUCUCAAAUGAUUUUGAAAUUGAAAUAGAAGUUUACAGUUUGACACAAAGCCGAGAGAGCAGUACUACAGACAAGAAGAAGAAACCUAAUAAAUCGAAGUUUCUGUGCAAAAUGCCUGCACUUCAUCUGGGAGUGUUUCAUUACUUCAGAGAACUGAUUUGCUCUUUGGCCAUUACUCCAAAGAGGUUGUUGACUUCGAUUACUAAAAACAACUUGCAUACACCAGCUUUGACAAGUCCUGGAGGUCCUAAUGCAGUGCGCACCAGUAAUUUCACCUUGGUUGGAUCUCACAGGUUCACACUGUCUUCAGUAGGAGACACGAAAUUCCAACUAGAUAAGGUUCCUUUCUCAUCUCCUCUUGAAGGUCAUAUUUGUGUGAAAGUGCAGUGCCAGGUUGGUUCCAUGAUUGAGGAACGUGGUUUUUUGACCAUGUUUGAUGAUGUGAGUGGUUUUGGAGCUUGGCAUCGACGCUGGUGUGUCUUAUCAGGGAACUGCAUCUCAUAUUGGACUUAUCCAGAUGAUGAGAAAUGCAAGAACCCACUUGGCCGUUUGAACCUGGCUAAUUGCACAAGCAGGAAAAUUGAACCGGCUAAUCGUGAAUUCUGUGCUCGCCCCCACACAUUGGAACUUGUCACUGUUAGACCUCAACGAGAAGAUGACAGAGAGACUCUUGUCAGUCAGUGCAAGAAUACUCUUUGUGUCACUAAGAACUGGUUAUCAGCUGAUACCAAGGAUGAACGCAACCUCUGGAUGCAGAAGCUGAAUCAGGUUCUAGUUGAUCUGCGAACUUGGCAACCAGAUGCUUGCUACAGACCUCAUGUCCUUUUGAAGGCGAUUGAACACCAUUAUUAGUCAGUUUUAUUUUCCACUGAGAUCGUUCAGAGAAUGAAACAUUAUGAGCAUUGAACAAGUGCGAAUACUUGUGGCAUUUUGUACAUUUAAAUAUUCCUGAACAGCCAAUACACUAGCAAUAACCAUUGUACAGUGAUGCCUGAAGAAAACAACAUCUUAAAAACAGAAAAGAUGGUCUUUGGUCAAACAUUAACAUUAUUAGAGAAAGUAGAGCUUUGGAAGACUAUAAUAAUAUUGUGUAACAUUUUAUACAACAGCUAUUGCCUUGAGCUUAUUGAGUUACAGAUGUUCUUUUGCAGUUAAAAAGAUGCCACAGAGCUAAGAGCUCAGUACCUGAUCAUGUGUAAGAAUGGCUGUAACUUCAUGGCUUGGAUUUUAUUUGAUAAAUGUCACUUUGAAGUAAUUUAAGCAACUGCAAAUAGCAACUACUUGCAAAUAAGAGGAACCGUUGUUAUAGACCAUAUUGCUGUUUUUAAAAAAAAAGUUAAUUGUGAUGUCCUUUAGCCAUGAGGAAGAGCCAUGGGUCCAGAAUGAUGACAAAGGUACAAUUGCAUUUCUCCAUAUGAGUUAGCACUUUUUUAAAGUAUUUGACAGAUCUCAGUGCUUCAAAAGAAUCAGUUUCCAUCCAGUGUCUUGCCAACAAUUCUCAAAGUUUGCGGAUUAGUGCAAUUGACUAAGAAGUGAAUAUGAUUGUACUGAGCCCACUAGAAUUCUGCAUGUUACUCACGCUGUUUGGCUGAUACACCAUAAUUCUUAAGAUUGUUGGCCUUAGCUCAUGGACUAAUUCCAGAAAAAGUCAAUUUGAAAUAUCUGAAUCCUUGUUUCUAUAGUUUGAAAUACUGGAAUUUUUGGGGUACCAGAACACACUAUGCAAUAACUUUAUACAUAUAUUUUGAAUUAUGCUGCUAUUAUAUUACCUGCUUAUUAUUUGCAGGCUGUCACAUUUUACUUCUGCAAAUAGCAUUUUAAUAUUUACACAGAAUUUAUAUGCACCCUUUUGAGAGAGAUAUUAAGCUCCCUUUUUUUGUGUGAACAUCAUUGUGAAUAAUUUAAUAAUCAUACUUGAUAUUUUCAGGGCUAACGUUUUGUUCCAGUGUGCAUUAAGCCAGCCUUUACUACAAUAAUAUAUUCACUCCAGUUUUAAGAAUUUAGAAAUGGAAUUUUUUGAUUAUGCUGAUACUGGUAUGCAAUGAUUUUGAACAUGAUGUUGAUGCCAUUGUACAACACAUUGGAAAACAUUUACAUCAUAGUGAUUGUCCCAGCUAUAUUUUAUACUAUUAUUAAAUGUAUGUCAAAUAAGUACUGUAAUAUCACACUAACGAACUUGUAAGGUAUUAAAUUCAAAAUUUUUUAUUAUUUUUAUUUCCAUUAACAUUUCCAGCUUUCUUCUUUUUCUAUCCUCUCAUGUUUAUCUUCUAAUCAGGCAAUGUUAUCUCGUUCCUUUCUGUAAUGUUUUAUUGUGUUAUCACACGGCCAUCUUUUGCACAUUGUUUAAAAAUAAACUGCUUCAAAAUAUAGCCAUUUCAAAAGAUUAUGCUCAUGGAUUGAUUAAUAGUAAGUAACCUGUGUCUGUACAGCACCUUUUUAACGUGGUAGAAAUGGCAAAAACAUGUUUCACAGGAUUAGUUCUUUUGAUGCUAUACAAAAUGGGAGGCA